UUCAACCUUCAUUCAAAACUGUCAAAAUUCUUUGCCACUGCUACACACGAGGCAGCGUAAUCGUUUAUGAAGUCUACAAGUUGCAUUAAAAUCAACUUCUACAAGAAUGUUCCUCUUUGUGUUCAUGCUGGGGUUGUGCUUCUUUAGCAAGGAGAGCAGUCAGUCUUUUCUGGGUCGCCCACAGUUGUUUGGCCCUUCGGAGGCGUUAGUAAAGAAGUAUACAGGGUUUAGGUGUGAACUGGAGGUCUACCCAAAGAAUGAAACUAUCCUGCUGCAGUUAUUCAAGGAGGGACAACGUAACAAAGUAUUGGGUUAUCAUUCUUGCCUGCCUGGGCAAGUCUGUCAUGGAAACUUCCCCCUGGUAGUCCAACUGUCUUAUGAGGGCUACCUGGAGUGUGUGGCCAGCGCACAGAACAAUUCUGACAUAGAGCCCACUCUCAGCAACAUACACUACCUGAAGGUCAUUGUGCCAGUGAAAAAUGCAAAAGUUAACGUCAGUUCAGGUCCAAGGGAGUUCUUCGAAGGGAGGAUGCUGACGCUAGACUGUGAACUUUCAGCUGGAAACCAUGUCUCCUACAAAUGGCUGCUGAAUAAUCGAUCUGUCACUGAGUCUCCUCUCCACCAUUUUAGAGAUAACCAUCUCAGGAUCUACAGACCCACUUCUGCAGACAGUGGCUCAUACAUGUGUGUCGCUACCAACUACUUCAACAAAACAGUAUUCACCACCUCCAGCAGUUCCAACGUUGUAAUCACAGUCAAAGACAUGGUGUCACCCCCUGACAUAUCCUUCACCGUGUUAAAGGAGGAUUCACACAACUAUUCUGCUGUGGUCACCUGUCAGUCAACAAGAGGGACUCCACCUGUCACCUUUUCACUCUACAACAUAAAAGAUUUGGUUGCCAAUGUUACAGUUGAAGAGAGAAGCGCCGUAUUCAAGAUUCCAGUGGUUUUGAACCGGCACUUAGGAUGGCUCCAGUGCCAGGCAGAGAAUGGAGAUCAGCUCGCACACAGUCAGUUCUUGCCUUUGGAAGUUGUACCGGUUGGUGGGCCUGUGACAAUACGUUCCGACAUUCACCUUGGCGAGAACUAUGCUGUGAUUGCCGUGGCGUUCUACUGCCAGGCAGCGAAGGGGACUCAUCCACAGUACCAGUGGUUCCUCAACAAAACCCUUCUACAUGACAAAGGCAGCUUCUACUACGUGUAUCACGAUCCCCCAAGGCAGUCCUUGCUUAUGCUGUCUGUAGGAAGGGACAGUGCUGGGACGUACCACUGUGAAGUGUCAGACAACUUUGACAACACCACUGCCAUAAGCAGCAAGAGGCACUAUGUAGAUAAAGAAGUACUGAAUCGUAUCCCUGACUUUGUGGUGGCUAUUGUCUUUGGAUGUUUCACACUCUUGAUUUUGGUGGUCUCUGCUUGUUGUUGGAUUGGAGUGGUGCUCAGGAGAAGAGAGUAUGGCGAAAAGUCCCUGUGAGUUAUUCCUCAGUUUCAGUACCUUCAAAGAAAGAACCUAAAAAUUAGACUGCGGUCAACAUUUUGAGAGUAUUGUUUUCUCAUGAUCCUGCUGCUCCUUCAAACGAGGAGAACAGUGCUACUUGAUCUUCCUCAGUUUUUCUUUCUUACAUGAGAAGGAGUAACAUGUAGGCAGUU